GAUUGACUACAGUUAAAUUAACCUCACACACAGUGACGUCUGCGAAUAGCAAAUGAUUCUGAGUGUCCCUUAAAUUAUUGAAGUUAUGUGUUUUCAGUGACAGACCGAUGACUGAAAGUGAUUAAAGGGUGGAACUUGGAAGUAACCCGAGCACCUUGCUAGACGAGCCCGAGCCGAGCCGAGUGUAGCCGAGCCGAACCCAGCUGAAGCCAUGGGGAACCGGGGGAUGGAGGAAUUGAUCCCCCUGAUCAAUAAACUUCAGGAUGCUUUCAGUUCCAUCGGGCAGAGCUGCAAUUUGGAUUUACCCCAGAUCGCCGUGGUGGGAGGACAGAGCGCCGGAAAGAGCUCGGUUUUGGAAAAUUUCGUCGGCAGGGAUUUUCUCCCCCGUGGUUCAGGAAUCGUCACUCGCAGGCCUCUCGUUCUGCAGCUAAUCAACAACAAAGCAGAGUAUGCGGAGUUCUUGCACUGUAAAGGGAAGAAGUUUGUGGACUUUGAGGAAGUUCGGUCGGAGAUCGAGGCCGAGACGGACAGGAUCACAGGCUCGAAUAAGGGAAUCUCCCCCAUUCCCAUCAACCUGAGAGUCUACUCACCUAACGUGUUGAACCUGACCCUCAUCGACCUUCCGGGGAUGACCAAGGUUGCCGUGGGCGACCAGCCGCCGGACAUCGAGCACCAGAUCCGAGACAUGCUCUUGCAGUUCAUCACUAAAGAGAGCUGCCUGAUCCUGGCAGUCACACCGGCCAACACCGACCUGGCCAAUUCCGACGCUCUCAAAAUCGCCAAGGAGGUGGACCCUCAGGGUCUGCGCACCAUCGGCGUGAUCACUAAGCUGGACCUGAUGGACGAGGGAACAGACGCUCGGGACAUCCUGGAGAACAAGUUGCUCCCGCUGCGCAGAGGUUAUGUCGGCGUUGUGAAUCGCAGUCAGAAGGACAUCGAUGGCAGGAAGGACAUCCGCGCCGCUCUGGCCGCUGAGAGGAAGUUCUUCCUGUCUCACCCUUCUUACAGACACCUCGCUGAGCGAAUGGGAACGCCGCACCUGCAGAAGACCCUCAACCAGCAAUUGACUAACCACAUCCGGGACACGUUGCCUGGAUUGCGCAGUAAGCUGCAGUCGCAGCUCCUGUCUCUGGAGAAAGAGGUGGAGGAGUACAAGAACUUCCGUCCCGACGACCCCACACGCAAGACCAAGGCUCUGCUGCAGAUGGUGCAGCAGUUCGGCGUGGACUUUGAGAAGUGUAUCGAGGGUUCGGGGGAUCAGGUGGACACGGUGGAGCUGUCAGGAGGCGCCAGGAUCAACCGCAUCUUCCACGAGCGCUUCCCCUUUGAGCUCGUCAUGAUUGUGUUUGAUGAGAAGGAGCUGCGGCGAGAGAUCAGUCACGCCAUUAAGAACGUCCACGGUGUCAGAACUGGCCUGUUCACCCCCGACCUGGCGUUUGAAGCCAUCGUGAAAAAGCAGAUCAUAAAGCUGAAAGAGCCCUGUCUUAAAUGUAUCGAUAUGGUGAUUCAGGAGCUCAUCAACACGGUCAGGCAGUGCACCAAAAAGCUGAACUCGUACCCUCGCCUGAGAGAGGAGACGGAGAGAAUCGUCACUACAUACGUCAGAGAGCGAGAGGGCAAGACCAAGGAACAGGUUCUGUUGCUGAUCGACAUCGAGCUCUCUUACAUCAACACCAACCACGAGGACUUCAUAGGAUUUGCCAACGCACAGCAGAGAACACUCGCGCACAAGAAGAGGCCCAUUCCAAACCAGCUAAGCGCACUCAUAGAGGGAACACCAGAAAAGGUGAUCCGCAAAGGCUGGCUCACCAUCAACAUCAGCUUCAUGAAGGGAGGAUCCAAGGAGUACUGGUUCGUCCUGACCGCCGAGACCCUGUCCUGGUACAAGGAUGAAGAGGAAAAAGAGAAGAAAUACAUGCUUCCUCUGGACAACCUGAAGCUCAGAGACAUAGAGAAAGGCUUCAUGUCCACCAAACACAUCUUCGCUAUCUUCAACACGGAGCAAAGGAACGUUUAUAAAGACCUGCGGCAGAUCGAGCUGGCGUGCGAUUCCCAGGAGGACGUGGACAGCUGGAAGGCCUCGUUCCUCCGAGCAGGCGUAUACCCUGAAAAAGAUCAGGCAGAGGGAGAUGAUGGAGCUCCAGUAGACACCUUCUCCAUGGACCCUCAGCUGGAGAGACAGGUGGAAACGAUCCGUAACCUAGUGGACUCCUACAUCAGCAUCGUCAACAAGUCCAUCAGAGACCUGAUGCCCAAGACCAUCAUGCACCUCAUGAUCAACAAUGCGAAAGACUUCAUCCACUCGGAGCUGCUGGCCUACCUGUACUCUUCAGGCGAUCAGAACAGUCUGAUGGAGGAGUCGGCCGAUCAGGCUCAGAGGAGGGACGAGAUGCUGCGGAUGUACCAUGCCCUCAAGGAGGCGCUCAGCAUCAUCGGUGACAUCAGCACCUCCACCAUCUCCGUGCCCGUGCCUCCGCCCGUUAAUGACACCUGGAUCCAGGAGGCCAGCCCCACCCCUCAGCGAAAGCCUGUCUCCGUAGCCCCACUCCCUAACAGGCCUCCAGCAGUGAGAGGCUCCACCCCGGGACCGCCUCCUCUAAACCCCUCCCCUGCUUUUGGUGCUCCGCCUAUCCCAUCCAGACCGGGACAGCCCAUCGUCAAUGCCUUCGGUAACAGCAGCCAGGACCCGUUCAGUGCACCGCCUCAGGUGCCUUCUCGCCCAGCACGCAUACCCCCCGGUGUGCCCAGCCGAAGACCUCCUGGCGCUCCCACCCGGCCCACCAUAAUCCGCCCUGCUGAGCCCUCCCUUCUAGACUAGGCCUUCACCACACACACACACACACACACACACAAACACACACACACACACACACACACAAUCACACAACUGCGAAUAUGGGCCAACAAAGAGAAAUGGAGUGAAAUAGAGAGCGAGGAGGAGGCUGCAGGGUUAGAACUCUGCAGAUUUGGGGAUUUGUGUCUGUACAUCCAGUUUGACCAAUAAAUAUCCACCUGUGUAGUUCAUUCAGACUGUUCUCUGAUAGGAAACGCUGCUAAUUUCCUCCUUUAGGCACAAGAUUGAAGGCACAAGAUUCCAUAUGCAGACUGUACUAUUAGUACGAUUAGUCAAACCACUUCUUUACUUUUUUUUUUUUCUUUUCUUUCUCUCUCCUAUAUUAUUUGCUCGGUUGGCCUCCAGGGGGCGCUGCUUUAACCACGUGUCGAUGAGAUUCACUUUGAGUGACGUGUUUUUUUUUUUGUUUGUUUGUUUUUCUUCUCUGAAUGUAAAAUGGCGUUCGCUCACUAGAAACUAGCCGAGACCUUUUUUUUUUUUCUUUCUUUCAUUUAUGGUAUAUAUAUAAUAUUGCCGUUGUUUUUUUUGGUUUGUUUCGUUUUGUUUUUUACCCAUCUCGACUAACCGAAAAGAAAAGAUGCUGUCAUUCUCGUUAUUCUUUUGUCAUCCAACUAGCCUUUAAAAUAAUCCAGUUAGCAAUCCGUUUAAAUCUCGAGUCGCUUCUAUUAAAGGGUUUUUAGCAGGAGGUCUGAAUUCUCCGAUUUAAACAAACAAACAAAAAAAAAGUACAAUUUCGCGUGUAUACGUAACGGUAAUCUUUUGUAUAUGAAAAUAACCCUGAAGCGCCGUAACCACUUCUGGAGUUAUUCUGUCUCGGCUAGUGUAGCGUCUCAGGUUUCCACAGUCCUGAUCGGUUAACCUAAUUCACACCUCUAGUCGUGUUUAUAUUAUUUAAAUUCCUCUCUCGAGGCCUGGAUCGCCUUUAUUUCGUGUCCGGGGACGGAACCAGCAUCGUUAAAGGCGAACGCACGGAGUGUACGAAAGACGCAGAAGGGGUAGUUUGACCAUACAGUAGCGAAUUCUAGUUAGCAUAAAAUAAACGAAAAUAUCGUAUCGCAAUACGCAAAAUUUUACGAUACGCUUCUUGUGCGAGCUAACCUCACUUUUCCUCGUUAAGUUAUUUAUUAAGUUAAAAGAACGAAUAUGAAAGAGUUAGUACAUCUGUGUCUUCUAGAGGCUCUGGAGAAACCUACGACACUCUCAGAAAAGCAUGCGAAUAUACAUAUUUAGACGUCUCGCCCAGUCCUUGUACCGUUUUAUAUGUAAAUCUAUUUUUUGCUUGAAUUAAUACGAUUGUUAGCAUAAUUUGGUCCAAACUACCCCUCCGGUUGGAGAUUUUAACCCAGACUGUAUGAACAGGGUCUCAGAAUGGAGCGCAUACAUACAUGUACGUACAUGGACUGUAAAACGCUUCCUUUUAAAAAAAAAAACAAACCCAUUUUUUUACGAAUAAUAAUAAUAAUAAUAAAGGAAAAGUCGUGUUGAUCUGUGUGUCGGUGUCGGCGAAUAGAAAUACAAAGACGCUGAUGUUACGAGCUGUCAUAACCAAACAUCAGUGCUUUUAAAGUCGGUUACUAAUAAACGCAUUAACAGGGCUGUUAUGGGACGGGGGACGGCUUUGGGGAAAUAUACACAUACACAUGCAGUUUGGUUUUUAAAAUUGGUUUGUUUGGUUUUUUUGGGGGGGGGGGGGUUUGAGUGUAUUAUUUAUAACCUGGGCAUUUGUCAUCGAUGUUUUUGAUUUCUUUCUCUCUUUUUUUUUUUUUUUAAUUUUUUUUAUUUUUGGGUUCGUUACUAUGCUUUCGGAGAGAUAGCGUGUCAGGAUAGUGCCGGGAGGUGGUCCGAAGAUGCCACGUCUCAUCUUGAACAGUAAUAUAUAUAUCGACUAUGAAUAAAUAAGAGUUGCAGGAGGGAGGGGGUGAAUUACGGAGUUCCGAUCGGUCCUAGCGUUGUUCCCUGUGGCUUUCCUCUGAGUGGAUCGCUGUAUGACGGUGUUUGGCAUUUGAUUUUAUUUAACGGGUUUGAAAAGGGGUGUUCGCAUGGAGAAGAUUGAUGAUGAUGAUGAUGAUGAUGAUGAUUUCUGGGUUUUGCUUUCGGAUCGAUUGCGAUUUCAAUUUAAACCUGGAGACGGACGAGGGGAACGGAGGUGUCCGGAGAAUUAGAGUACCUCAAAAAUGAAGUGCAUACUGUACAUUAACUGAUUAAAAUAAGCUCUAUUUACUUUACAGUCAGGCAAAUUCCCUCUAGGUGUAAACCCGAUUUCCAUCACUUACGCACGGUGUGGCUACGAUGACGAUAAAGCACACACAUAUAUAUAUAUAUAUAUAUAUAUAUAUAUAUAUAUAUGACUAAUUGUAGCCACACCUUAGUAACAUCCCUUGUGCGUAAUCUCUCCUCCGAAACUCUCCACACGUCUCAUCUUUUUUUUUUGGGGUGGGAACACAGAUAAGCACCCUGUAUAGUUCUCCUAUUUGUAUUCCUUUCAUGUUUUUGUUUCUUUUGAAAUCAUCAAUCCUUUGUCAAGUGCCUCUGUAGCAAUUAAUGCACUCUGAGCAAAUGAUAACUGGUGGAAAAUUGGAAAAAAUGAGCUAAUAAAGAGGUAUCGUGUACAAUAAAAGGGACUUCCUGUGGUGAUUGGUGUUUCCUUUAUUUCCUUUCUGUCUCCUCGCUGCAUCUGUCCGUCUGCAUGUCGCUGUUCGCACCCUUAGCGUUGUUGUGAAGAACACGAACAUCAGAUAUUAGACGUACAGUACGGGGUUUCUGCAGAUCUAGGGUCCUCGAUUCGUUUGUUCGGACUUGCUUACGUUAUAAAUUACGUACCAUUCGUACGUACGUAUGCUAGACGUAGUGCAGAAGCUUGCAUGUCGUCAGCAUGCUCCUCGUCAUGCUGCCGUAGGAAAAUAAUCGACGACAGGGUGCGGUAAUAAAACUCGUAACACCCCUAGAGUGGAUUAUUUUCCAGUAACGCCGCAUCCCAAAGUUUUUUUUAAAUAGUUUUUUUAUGUUUUAUUCCUCUUACUUUAUUACUUAAUUUGCCAACGAUCAUAAUCGACUUAUUUUUUUUUUUAUCCAUUUAUAGUCUCGUUCAAUCUUGUGGAACGUCCAGCAGACAUGUUCUCGAUAUUUGUCAUAGCUGUAAGAAGCCCCUUAUCAAUACCGCCGCUCGUCACGUCACUAAACGUCAAAUUCUUCUUCCCUGAAGAUCUUUCGAAAAAACGUCACAGCUUUACCGUUCACGUGAGGGGUGCAAACUUUUGCACUGUACUCUUGAAACGUUUGCUAGCUGCUUCCGAGUUAGCGUACGCAGAGAAAUCUCGACUGUAACGUAGCUAAAAGAGGAUACGCUUAAGAUAUCUGCAGACGCCCUGCGCUCACCACGUGCUACUUCUCUUUAAAGCAGUAGUUUACUCUCACGUCUUAGUCGGAGAGCUUUUUAUUCUUUAACGGUAGUAGAGAUAGUGGUGUUGCUGUCAUUCUAACUCUGAGGUGGUGAGCUGAGUCAUCGGUAAUGUGCACUAAAUCAUGGACGAAAACAAAACCGGCCACGGUCGUCAUCGGACGCGACCGGGUUUUUUUUUUUCAAUCCGGUCCUCAUGGUUUGCCGGUCCUGGCAUUAAUUCAACUGUGCCGUGUGAGAAGAAACACACGUACUGUCUGUAGUGCAGGGGUGUCAAACGUACAGCCCACAGGAACGUCUUGUGGACGGGAAUUGAACUGACGGAUUGGAAAAGUCUCUCAUUCCACUAAGGGGAAGAAUAAAGGGCCGUGAAAUCAAGGGCUAGUCUCAAAAUGAUCAUUCGUUCUACAUCAGCAAGCUGGAAAUGUUGACACUGUGUCCGUGUCUCUUUCUAAAACGUGUAACUCGAGAAAUUCCAAACGACUUCACUAUUACUCACGAUUCAGGAUGAAUAAUCCAAUCAUAGUCCACCUCAGUUGCAGACUGUAACACUACACAAUUUGGAAAAAGUUCAAGGGGGUGAAUACUUCUGCAAGUCAUAGUAUGAUAAUAAUAAUAAUAAUAAUAAUUUGGUAAGGAAUUGCAGUCUGUUCAUGUAUUUUGUAAGCGAUCUGUAAGUUUGGUCCAUUUGUGCAAGCAAAACAAUCAUAUUGAAUCUUUCAGAUCUCGAAAAAUUUGAAUAUCGUGCGGAAGUUUCAUUCAAAAAGUGGAACUUUCGUAUAUUCUAGAUUCAUCACACAUAAAAGUGAAAUAUUUCCAGCCUUUGUUUGUUUUAAUCUCCAUGCUUACGGCUCACGGAAAUCAAAAAUCCAGUAUCUCAAAAUAUUCGAAUAAAGAGUUUAUAAUACAGAAAUGUCGACCUGAUGAUAAGUAUGUUCAUUUACUCGCUGGAUACCAGACAUCCUCCUUUAAGAUUUUCUGGUAGAGAGCAUAAUUCAUGUUUCCCCUCAAUUACUGCAAGUUCUCCAGGCCCUGAAGCGGUAAAGCAUCCCCACACCAUCACACUGCCUCCACCAGGCUUGACUGUAGGUAUGAUGUUCUUUUUGUGGAAUUCGGUGUUUGGUUUACGCCAGAUGUAACGUCAUCCCUGUCUUCCAAACGGUUCCACUUUCUCAUCAAUCCACAGAACAUUCUCCCAAAAGGUUUGAGGAUCAUCAAGGUGUGUUUUGGCGAAAUUCAGCCGAGCCUUCUGGGUUAGCGGUGGUUUUCACCUCACCGCUCUUCCAUGGAUCCAUUUUCCCGCAGUGUCUUUCUGAUAGUGGAGUCAUGAACAGUGACCUUUAUUGAUGCAAGACGGGCCUUUAUCGAUUUCACACGGGCCCAGUUGGUAUCGGAUAACUUUCUUGCUUCGAGAAAAAUAACUAUCAUUUAAAAACUGCAUUUUGUGUUUACUCAGGUUGCCUUCGUUUUAUCUUAGCUUUUGUUUUAAUUUCUGAAACAAUUUAGCAUGUCAUAUACACAAAAACAGAAGAGAUCACGAUUGUAUCGCCGGAUAAUGUUAGCAAAUUAGCAAAACUUACCUCAGCAUGCAUUUUCAAAUUAGAUGAAGUUUAAGGCAAUAGACGCUUUUGAGUGAGGUUAUUAAGUUGAUGCCACGGAGGGCCCGCGACACUCAUCCUCAGGUUCGACACUUCAGUCUGGUGGUUUAGCCAUAGUGCUACAAUAUUUACAUCGCGACGCCUGAGAAGAUCAGCACGGAUGCUGAAUCGGCACGACUCUUCAGUUCUUUUGGAUCGGAUGCUCAACUGAAAUGAUUGGAUGCUAAACCGAGCCCGUGUGAUUGAUCUAGAGUAUAGAGGUACAUUCAUUACUCUGAUGAGAGAAGAGCAUGACCUAUGAAGGUCUAAAUAAAAAUGAAAGGAGUUAAAAAAGGAAGUUUUUUUUUCUUUUCUUGGAAAUGUAAUUGACUACAAGUAUCGUAUUUCAAUAAUACUUCACUAAAGUAUAACUAUGCUCAAAUAAUCCUUAAGUAUAGUAACUAAGGCUGCAAAUAGUCAAGUAUUUUCCACGCCUGUGCAUACUCCUGCGGUUCCAAGCACCGAA